ACGUCGCGUCGCUAGUCGCGCCCCGCCUGUCGCUCCUAUCAGUCAUGGCGAUGGAAGCAAAACAUGUCGUCGAUUCGCUUAUUCGGGAAGUCAAAACUCGGCCAAUCCUGUGGGAUAAGAAACAUGAAUUGCACAAAAAUCGAGCAGUGAUCGACAGAGUUUGGGAUGAAGUUGCUGCAGUUAUUGGCAAAAACAAGGACCAAAUAAAGAUGAAAUGGAGGAACCUACGAGACCAAUUCUCAAGAGAAGUAAAAAAGAAUCCGAUAGGGGAAGACGGAAUCCCAACAAUAGAUAAGUACAACGGGAAGUGGGCAUAUUACGAGUUACUUACAUUCCUUAAAGACAAUAUCUAUUGGAAUCCUUCCGAUGAUAACAGACUUGAAGACAGCCAAGACGGUUAUGUGAAUGAUUUCAAUGGAGAAAGAGAAUCUGAUUACAGCAUCAUAAUAAAAAGAGAUCCAGAUUUAGAUGAAGAUAUUGAAAGAGAUAUUGAAGGGGAUCGCUUCUUAGAUCCUUUGUUAGCCUUAGAAGUCCAAGAAGACACUUCUGAUUCAAAUUUAGUGACGACGGAGACAAAUGAAGUUCCUAGGAAAAGAUUAUGCCAAAGGAGAAUAAGGACAUAUUACCAAAGGCAGUUGCAAAGUGAAGGCUCUCACACUGCAAGAUCAACUCGAGAAGUAGAUGAUGACAUGCAUUUUGCGUUAUCUUUAGUACCAUACUUGAGACGCUUAGAUCCAUUAAGGAAGUUGAUAAUUAGGAAUGAAAUGCAGAAUUUAUUAAUAGGAGAAUUGAUGGAAACGAAUGCUGGACCUUAUACCCCUAAAAGUAAUAAAUAAGUUUGAGUAAAGUGAGAAAUUUGAAGUGAAUGCGGCAAUGGACGUAAUAUAUUCAGCUGGUGACAAAAAAAAGCUUUCAAAACAAAUCAUAACUGCAAUAAACCCGUGGUUGAUGAGAAAACAGGUAUUGAUUAGCCUUUUAUUAGGUAUAUUUAUCUUUUGGGUAGUUCUUCAUUCAUUCAUUUUUGUAUUGUUUUGUUCUAAAAUUGCCUUCUAAAAGCCAGAUCCAAAAAUAUGUACCUAGAGCUACCUAGGUUAAAAUAAUGACUGUAACAUACAAUUAAAAACAUUUUACUUGACCAGCUGGAAUAGGUAUUUCGUGAUUAUACAUUAAACUUGUAUUACUUAAACACAUCUAGUUCUUAAAGAGAUAGGUAUUGAAAAGUGUUAGUGCUAAAUGUCUGUUUAAAUACAUCCCUCUUAUCAU